UCAGUUAUUUUAAUUGGGUUCUUCAGGUAUUAAAUUCCCUACCCAUGGCCCUAUAGAGAACUGAUUUGGAUUUAAGUAUUUCUUCAGCUCAGAUAUUAAAUGAUGUAUGAAUUUAUCCCAACAGGUGCCAGUGUCCGACCUGUGCGUCCCACCGGGGUACUUAGCAGGUUCAAAUUCUACAAAGUACUUGGCAAAGGAGGAUUUGGAAAGGUGCUACUAGCACGAGAGUUAGACACAAAGCAGUUGAUAGCAGUAAAAGUGGCUGCGAAGAGCAAAGUACUGGAAUUUGUGUCUAGCGUUAUGAUUGAGAUGGAAAUACUAAAAGCUGCCCAGGACUGCGAGUUCCUCACGCCAGAAUACGUCACUUUUCAGUCUAAGGUAAGAGAACUUUUAAUUUUGAUUAAUUCCCUUCCUUUCACAGAGUAAGGCUAAGGGCAGACGGGUAGAUUCGGGGACUGGCGACUAAUCGCCUCUUCU